GGCUGUCAUUCUCUUCACAGCAGCACAUUAGAAGUCCUGGGAGCUGCCAGGCCCAUGGAUCUCCUGGGGCCAGGGACCCUUGUCCUGGCCGUCUGUCUCACCUGCCUUCUGGUCUUCUCCACUUGGCAGCAAAUGCGCCGAAGGGGCAAGAUGCCCCCUGGACCAAUCCCCCUCCCCCUCAUUGGGAACCUGCUCUGGAUAGACCGAAACAAUCUGCCCAGUUCACUCAUCAAGCUGAGCAAAAAGUACGGGCCUGUCUACACCCUCCAGCUGGGCCCCCGGCGCAUCCUGGUGCUGUGCGGCUACGAGGCCGUGAAGGAGGCCCUGGUGGACCAGGGGAACGACUUCCGGGACCGUGGGCAGCAGGCCACCUUCGACUGGAUCUUCCAGGGCCAUGGGGUCGCCUUCAGCAACGGGGAAAAGGCCAAGCAGCUGCGACGGUUCUCCAUCACGACCCUGCGGAAUUUCGGGCUGGGAAAGAGAUCCAUUGAGGAGCGGAUCCUGGAGGAAGCCCACUUCCUGCUGGAAGCCCUGAGGAGCACAAAAGGCAGGAGGAUCUCUGGACCCCAAGAGGCAUUUGGGGGG